CGCCGGAGGCGGCCGGGUCAGGCGCGUGGCCGCGCGGUCCCCGGGGGUCCGACCGCCAGCCCAGCGGCGCCGAGGGGACGGGCGCGGUCUCUCCCGCGCGCAGUGCUCGCAGCUGCUCCAGCCCCGCCCGUCGGCCGCGCCGCGUCAUGCCAGGCGCUGCUUGGCGUUAGUGCCCAGCCAACGUCCGCCUGCCCACGCGCAGCCGCGCCAACUGCGGAGAGCCAGAGGGAUGGUGGUAGUCACAGGACGGGAGCCAGACAGCCGUCGCCCGGACGGUGCCAUGUCCAGCUCCGACACCGAAGACGAAUUUCUGGAGCCGGCCACGCCGACGGCCACGCAGGCGGAGCACGCACUGCCCCUGCUGCCGCAGGAGUUUCCUGAGGUUGUCCCUCUUAACAUUGGAGGGGCUCACUUCACCACACGCCUGUCCACCCUGCGGCGCUAUGAAGACACCAUGUUGGCGGCCAUGUUCAGCGGGCGACAUUAUAUCCCCACUGACGCUGAGGGCCGGUACUUCAUUGACCGGGAUGGCACACACUUUGGAGACGUGCUCAACUUCCUGCGCUCGGGAGACCUGCCCCCCCGAGACCGCGUGCAGGCCGUGCACAAAGAGGCCCAGUACUACGCCAUCGGGCCGCUCCUGGAGCAGCUGGAGAACAUGCAGCCGCUGAAGGGGGAGAAAGUGCGCCAGGCGUUUCUGGAACUCAUGCCCUACUACAAAGACCAUUUGGAGCGGAUUGUGGAGAUUGCCCAGCUGCGCGCGGUCCAGCGGAAAGCCCGCUUUGCCAAGCUCAAGGUCUGUGUCUUCAAGGAGGAGAUGCCCAUCACCCCCUAUGAGUGUCCCCUCUUCAACUCCCUGCGCUUCGAGAGGAGUGAGAGUGACGGGCAGAUCUUUCAGCACCACUGCGAGGUGGACGUGUCUUUCGGGCCCUGGGAGGCCGUGGCCGAUGUGUACGACCUGCUGCACUGCCUGGUCACGGACCUCUCGGCCCAGGGCCUCACCGUGGACCACCAGUGCAUCGGGGUGUGCGACAAGCACCUCAUCAGUCACUACUACUGCAAGCGUCCCAUCUAUGAGUUCAAGAUCACCUGGUGGUGAGUAGCCCUGGUAGGGAACCAGAGUCCUGUCAGGGAGGGUGUCCGUGCCCCUUGGUGGCGCUGGGAGGAAACUCCCCGAAAGGGUUCCUGACUGCCCCAGAGCCUGCUGAGGUGAGGACUGAGGCCUGAGGCGAAGCUCCAGCGGGAGGGAGACCCAGCUUCAGUUUCCCUGGCGGCACUUCAGCGUCAGACUCGUAGCCCACAGGGCCUUGGGGCCUGCACCCACUGGUCUGCCCUCAAGGCCUUGGCAGCCUUUGCCUGGGGCUCAGGUGGUCUGGCUAGCUAGGGCUGGACCAGGAAGUCCAGAGAGGUUUUUUUUUUUUAUUUUCUUGAUCUUACUCUUUUUAGAGCCACAUUAACCCCCCACCACCACCAAAAAAAAUAAUAAUAAAAAUAAAAACAAUAUAUAGGCAUAAUGACUUUCUGACCCUAUUCUAAUAUUCCUUGCUGUGCCCAGGGUAGAGGUAUGAAUGUAGAAGGUAGGAGGGGAUUUACUAAGUAGCUCUUCGCAGCUUCUGCCGAGGAAGAAAGAGCAUCUUCUUCCCUAAUGCACUCUUACCCCAAGAAUCGUCUUAUGUUUUGUCUUAGGAUGUGGAAAGUCUCUUCUUUUUCCUCUCAAAAAUCGAUCUUUUCACCACAAUUUGGAGCUGUAACCAUAGCUGCCAAAACCAUGCACCAGGAUGGCCUUAGAACAGCACAAUGUUUACAGCCCUGCCUUGGGGCCUUGGCUCUUUUCUACCUUCUCACCAGCUCUUCUUGUUGGAGGGGUUAUCUUCCUUCAAGAAGGCUGGAAUUCACCUUUCAGAGGUUCCUUAUUUUCGCUUGGUUUUGUUUCUUCGGGGCCUUCCUAGUGGUGCUGGGGGGACACCCCCUGUAUUGGGAAGCCGAGAGGUGCCAGGGCUCUACCUACCGCUGGGCCCUGUGCGUGCCAGGCGUGGGCUCCAGCCCCUGGAGCGACCUCCUCGCUCCAGAGGCUCCCUUGGAAGAUACCCUGAGUCAAGCAGGCAAGAUGCCUACAUCGUCUGUUAUCUUCGAGCUGUGCCUCUGUGGUUGCGAUUUAAAUGUAUCCGGAUCCAAGUUGUGGUGAACUUCCUUAAAUGAGAACCCCCUGUUUAAAUCCUGUGGGUUUAUCCUGCCAACCCCCUAGGAGACUGUCUGUGCUGGGGAAGUAAAGCAAAGAUUUGCAGGGAGAGCAGAGCUAGCCCAGCACUGUCGGAAGACACGCCCCCGUUCUGUUUGCCAUAUUUCAGAGAGAGAAAGUGAUGGUGGGGAUCGCCCCCAUCAGAUUCCUUCCUGGCUUCCUCUGCAGCCGGGCAGCUAGUCAGGGCACAGACAUGCAUUCCCCCUGCCCACCAAAGGAAGAGCUGUGUGUUGGGACAGGGCGUUUCUGUGCCACUUGACAAUUCUCCCUGUGAUGUAUGCAGUUGACUGCUCUUACGGGGAGAUUUAAAAAAAAAAAAUGUGGGGCUGGAGCGAUAGCACAGCGGGUAGGGCGUUUGCCUUGCACGCGGCCGACCCGGGUUCAAAUCCCAGCAUCCCAUAUGGUCCCCUGAGCACCGCCAGGAGUAAUUCCUGAGUGCAGAGCCAGGAGUAACCCCUGUGCAUCGCCAGGUGUGACCCAAAAAAAACCAAAAAAAAAAAAAAAAAAUGUACAGAACUGAUGAGGAAGUUUGAAUGGUCUGUCUUAAGAGACCAGAUUGGUAAAGUAGAGCGCAGGGAAGCUGAAGAGCCGUUCUUGUUUUGAAGAGAAGGCUAAAUCCUGGGACCUUGAGCAAGUUCUUUCUUUCUUUCUUUCUUUCUUUCUUUCUUUCUUUCUUUCUUUCUUUCUUUCUUUCUUUCUUUCUUUCUUUCUUUCUUUUUCUUUCUUUCUCUCUCUUUUUUCUUUCUUUCUUUCUUUCUUUCUCUCUCUCUCUUUCUUCUUUCUUUCUUUCUUUCUUUCUUUCUUUCUUUCUUUCUUUCUUUCUUUCUUUCUUUCUUUCCUUUUCUUUUCUUUUCCCUCCCUUCCUUCCUUCCUUCCUUUCUUUCUUUCUUUCUUCCUCUUUCUUUCUUUCUUUCUUUCUUUCUUUCUUUCUUUCUUUCUUUCUUUCUUUCUUUCUUUCUUUCUUUCUUUCUUUCUUUCUUUCUUUCUUUCUUUCUUCCUUCCUUCCUGUGGGUGGGGGUAGUGUUCAGAGAUGUACCCAGCAGUGCUCAGAAGUUACUCCUAACUUGAUAUUUGGGGGUCACUCCUGGGUGUGCUCAAGGAUCGUGUAGUGCUGGAAAUCAAAACGGCUCCUGCGAGCAGAGCAGAUGCUGCAGUGUUGCUCUUUCUCUAGCCCUUGACGUGUGAGUUCCGUGUGGGUACAGCGAGGCUAGGGCAUGGGAGGGGGAGGCCAUCAUCACAGUGCUUGAAGGCUACUCCUGGGUCAGUGCUCGGGGUCACUUCUAACUCUGCUCAGGGUACCUUGCAGAGCCACAGACCAACCCAGUCCUCCCACGUACCAAGCCUGCUCCUGGCCCUUUGAGCUACUUCCCCAGCCUACGUAUUUGCAUUCUUCUAUUUGAUGGAGCAGACGAAUUGGCUGAGAUCUCAGAGGAAACUGCAGUCAUUUAGGUUCCAAGAAAUGUGUUCUCUAUUCUCAUCCAUAAAGUAGAUUGUCACCUUGCUGAAACUAAUGUCCUUGGCUUGUUCUAACAGAUUCGUUUGUCUCUUAAGUUUCUCUGAUUGGUAUUACUGCUUAAAACUAGUUCAUUUUCUGACAGACACAGAGGAGUAAUUCAGUGUGAGUAGAGAGGAGUUAAUGAAGCCCUCUUAUAGUGCUUCUGGCAACCUGACCUUGCUUCUUCCCAUUCCUGUCCCCAGUAGGAUAUAUCUUAGCACUUGGUCUGCUGUGUAAAACACAGGGAGAUGGCGGGAUGGGGGGUGGGGGGUGGAGCACUGAAGAGGACAGAUAUGUAGCUCAGCAGUGGAGUGCAGGCUCCACCUGUUUGAGCCCCUGGGUUUGACUACCAGCACAUACACAUACACGCACGCACACACGCACACACACACACACACACACACACACACUCACACACACCACAUACACAUACAAAGGCCUGACGACUUACCGGGUCUUUAAGGACAAUGUUCUUUGCAUCUUUCUGGAAACACCUCUACUUCCGGGUCUCUCCGAUGUUGUCCUCAUGGUGGUACGCUUUGUGGCAUUGUAGAGAAAAGGCUCUGGUCCAGUAGACCAGCAAGAGUGGGGACAUUGAUGGCCAGGCCAGUUUAGAGCGCCUUCUAAAUAGAGUAAAAGAAUUCAGUGGCCCAGUUUGGCUAUUCUGUGAUGAGAGGCCAAAUUGGAGCCAAAAAUGUGCUUUUGGAUAUGGUAGAGGCCAUUGGUUCCAGAUAAAGGGGGGUCUCUUAGGAAAUGAUUUCUCCCGGUGGGUUCCCUUCCCAACUCCGAAUGGCCAGGUCCCGAGCACAAGAAGGGUUGCAUCAGGAAGGAACCCUCCAAAGGAUGAAUGCUUCUCCCUGACUAAAAGGAAGUAUAUUUUUAAACGUUUGUGCUUACUAUCAAUAAAUGCUUCUCUCACCUGAUUUAUCCUACUGAGACACAUCAUUGGCUAUUGAUCAUUUGGGUCCAACCGAAGUGCCUGCCCUUGAACUUCCCUUAUGUUUUACUUAGGGCACUCUUGUCACAUGUGUGAGGCUCACUGGCUUGGGAAGGAGAAAGUUCUUAGGAUUGUCUGAUGCAAUGUUAACCAUAACUAAAUUAAGUAAAAAAUGAAAAACUCAAUGGCAACAAAAAAGACUGAAACAAAACCAUGAUUAAAAAAAAAAGUAUUACAUCACACCACAUGAUAAAUACUGUGGUGAUAGCACCAAAUAGAAGAAAUAGAGGAAUCAUUACCAUCCUUAUGUUCCCUCGGGUUAAUUCACCAGACUAUACAGAUCAUACCGUGUGGAUUAUAGAAAACUGUUCUCCAGAAUUUUCUACCCUUUCUUCCUGGGGCUUGGGGAUAUUCUGGGAGCUCUCUGAGCCUCGUAUCUCAGACUAAUCACAUGAAAGUUUUCCUGUACUGGGUUGCUGGAUGGAGGACUAGGAAAAUGACAUUUGCAAGCCACAAAGUGGGGUGAACCUCAGUGUGCAAUCUUGGUCUAAGCUGGAUUCCGAAGAGGUUAAGACAAACAACCGAAUACAAACUACACUGAAAUAGUUUGAUCCCUGUUAGAAUCUCAAGAAUCAUUCUUCUACAUGCCUGUUCAUGUUCAAUCCUAAUAAGUGGUUAAGCAUUUUUUGGGGGGUACCAUUUGGCUGGAACUCUUUCAUGAAGAGGCUGCCUACCUCAUGAUACUUAAAAGAAGGAGACUUUAUUCAUCAAAAGCAGCAAUGUUGGGAAACUAGGCUGGGAGAGGCUCUUUUUUUGGAAUUCUGGGAGAAACGUGUAUAUAUAACCUGUUAAGUGGGGAAAAGUGGGCUGGCAGGGGGUCGGAGGAAGAACAAAGACUGGGUGUAGGACUAGAACUUGCCUCUCAAAUGUGGGAGGUCGCUUGGUUCAUUGUCUUCCUCCUGUAUGGUGUUGGGUUUGUGUACACUUUCUGUGUUUGUUCAUUACCUGUCUGUGAGCACUUCGGUGCAUGGAGCUGCAGUACCCUCACGAGGCAUUAAAGUCAAGUAUUAGAACCUG